GCAAAUUGAUAAAUGCAAAGAAUCAUUUACCAUCAACCCAUUCCCUCUCUUUUCAACACCUUUGUUUCUCCGCUUCUUUCUUCACCUUCAAGUUCAGUGUUAAAGUCUCACUCAAAAUCACAUAACACACCAAAUCAUCCCAUCUUCCUCUCUUUUUCUCUUCACCAUUUCCAUGGCUUCUGCUUUAUCAACUUUCUCUUUCAUCUGCAACUUUCUUCUCCUUCUAGCUUCUUUUUCUGCCUCAGACAUAGACCAAGAUAGAACAGACUGCUCCGACCAACUCAUCGGCCUCGCACAGUGCUUGCCGUAUGUCAGCGGUGAUGCCAAGACACCAACCAUUGAUUGCUGCAGUGGAUUGAAACAGGUGGUGCAGAAGAGCAAGAAGUGUCUAUGUGUUCUUAUUAAAGACAAAGAUGACCCUAAUCUUGGCCUUAAAAUCAAUGGCUCCCUUGCUUUGGCCCUCCCUCAUGCCUGCCAUGCCCCAGCCAACAUCACCGAGUGCAUCUCUCUUUUACACUUAUCACCAAAUUCAACAGAAGCAAAGAUAUUCAAAGAAUCUAAUCCCACCAGUGAACCCAGCAGUUCUCCAGACACUAAAGUUCAUGGGAGUUCGUCCGUUGCAAACGAGAAAAGCGACGGUGGAAUGGGGAAGAGAUGGAUUGGAGGAACAGAGAUGAUUGUGAAGAUUUUGCUAGGAUUCUUCAUUUUGUCGCAUCUUAAUCUAAUGUUCAUCUAAACAUAGCAGAACGAAACUGUUUGUAAUUUAGGAGGGUUUCUUGCUUCAUCCUUCAACAUGUUAUGCCAGUUUUCUUAUAUUGUUCAGAACAGAAUAUAAGAGGAAUUUCAAGUUUUUUCUUUCCCUUAAAAUUUCCAUGGAAUCCAGACUCUAUACAAAUUCUAUCAUUUCAAGAAUGUGUUUUACA